CGUCCUCACCAAGUGGUACUCCAGGGUGGUCUUCCAGAUGCCCCACCAGGAGAUCGCCGACAGCCUGCGGCUCUGCCUGGCCAAUGCCCUCCAGCGCUUCCACGAGUGCUUCAGCUCCGUCGAGCUUUUCGCCAUCCACAACCUGAGCGAGGGCUCCGCCGUGGGGCACAGCGAGUUCAAGGAGUUUUGCCCCACCAUCCUGCAGCAGCUGGAGUCGCGGGCGUGCGCUUCCGAGAACCUGGAAAAUGAGGAAAACGAGCAGACGGAGGAGAGCAGACCCAGCUCAGCCGAAGUCUGGGGUUACGGUUUCCUCUGCGUGACCGUCAUCUCCCUCUGCUCGCUGGUGGGAGCCAGCGUGGUGCCCUUCAUGAAGAAGACCUUUUACAAGCGGCUGCUCCUCUACUUCAUAGCUCUGGCGAUUGGAACUCUCUACUCCAACGCCCUCUUCCAGCUCAUUCCCGAGGCGUUUGGAUUCAACCCUCAAGAAGAUUAUUACGUUUCCAAAUCCGCUGUGGUGUUCGGGGGCUUCUACCUCUUCUUCUUCACGGAGAAGGUCUUGAAGAUGCUCCUGAAGCAGAAGGACCAGCAUCACCACGGGCACAGCCACUACGGUCCCGAGGCUCUGCCAUGCAAGAAAGACCAGGAGGAGGGGGUCACCGAGAAGCUGCAGAACGGGGACCUGGACCACAUGAUCCCACACAUAACCAGCGAGCUGGAGUGCAAGACCCCCUCCGGGGAUGAGAAGGUCGUGGUGGGCUCCCUCUCUGUCCAGGACCUGCAGGCCUCCCAGAGCGCGUGUUACUGGCUGAAGGAGGUGCGGUACUCCGACAUCGGCACGCUAGCGUGGAUGAUCACCCUCAGCGACGGCCUCCACAACUUCAUCGACGGGUUGGCCAUCGGGGCCUCCUUCACCGUCUCCGUCUUCCAAGGGGUCAGCACCUCCGUGGCCAUCCUCUGCGAGGAGUUCCCGCACGAGCUGGGCAUCGUGGCUGGCAGCCACUUCUCUGCCAACUGGAUCUUCGCUCUGGCUGGAGGGAUGUUUCUGUACAUUGCGCUGGCUGACAUGUUCCCCGAGAUGAACGAGGUGAGCCGGGAGGACGAGCAGAACGGCAGCACGCUGAUCACCUUCGCCAUCCAGAACGCGGGGCUGCUGACGGGGUUCACCAUCAUGGUGCUGCUCACCAUGUACUCUGGCCAGAUCCAGAUAGGGUAG